GAAUGGCGCGGCCGGGGGGCGGCCCCGCAGAGGGAGGAGCUAGUCGUCCCCUGAACGCCAUGGCCGCCCUACGCGCCCUGCUGCCGUUCCUCCGAGGCCCGCUGCGCCCCUGGCCCAGCUGCCCUGCGCGGCGCUCCUUCGCCUCGGGUGCUGACUUUGAGUACAUCAUCGCAGAGAAGAAGGGGAAGAGCAGCAACGUGGGGCUGAUCCGGCUGAACCGCCCCAAAGCGCUCAAUGCACUCUGCAGCGGCCUCAUCACAGAGCUCAACCAGGCGCUAGAGGCCUUCGAGGCAGACCCGGCCGUGGGGGCCAUUGUGCUCACGGGCGGGGAGAAGGCGUUUGCAGCUGGAGCCGAUAUCAAGGAAAUGCAGAACCAAACGUUCCAGGACUGUUAUUCUAGCAAAUUCUUGAGUCACUGGGACCGACUUGCUCAGAUCAGGAAGCCAGUCAUCGCUGCUGUCAACGGCUUGGCGCUUGGUGGUGGCUGUGAACUUGCCAUGAUGUGUGACAUCAUUUAUGCUGGAGAGAAAGCCCAGUUUGCACAGCCAGAGGUCCUACUAGGAACCAUCCCAGGGGCGGGGGGCACCCAGAGGCUGACCCGCGCCGUGGGAAAGUCACUGGCCAUGGAGAUGGUCCUCACUGGUGACCGGAUCUCGGCCCAGGACGCCAAGCAAGCAGGUCUCAUAAGCAAAAUUUUUCCAGUGGAGACACUGGUUGAAGAAGCCAUCCAUUGUGCAGAAAAAAUUGCCUGCAAUUCUAAGAUCGUAGCAGUGAUGGCCAAGGAGUCGGUGAAUGCAGCUUUUGAAAUGACGUUAACAGAGGGAAAUAAGCUGGAAAAGAAACUCUUCUACUCAACUUUCGCUACUGAAGACCGGAAGGAAGGAAUGACUGCAUUUGUGGAGAAGAGAAAGGCCAACUUCAAAGACCAAUAAGAAAUGGCUGCCUGUGCCUUAAAACCUCUAAGGAGAAAAUACAGUCUCUCAGUUUUCAAAGCAAAUAAACCCUUGCUCAGAGGGCAGUUUAAGGGACACGCAGUUUCUCUCCGACUGCUCUAGGCUGUGUGCCGCUCUUGUGCUUGUGGCUGGCAGGCCAUCUGCACCAGCAGCUGCAGUUACAAGAACCGGUGUCGGGAGUGAGUUCGUUUUCUGACCAAGCAUAUUCUUCUUAAUCACAAAUUCUGCUCAUGAGCCUUCAGAGUGUUUAAGUUUUUACUUGACUGCAGAAACUGAGAGGUAUUUUGAUGCCGAACAUCGUCACUGUACGGCAUAUUAUGCUCAGAUGGACACAUGUCCCGGCUUAGUGUCUGUGUAUUUACAGCCCGUGAGCAUGUCCACUCACAGGGACAGCCUCGCUGGUGGGCGCUUCACAGACACACACGCCUGAAUCUGACACACAGGCCUCAGACCACACGAUGCCUUUCUUUUAAUCACCCCUGGGGUGGAAUGUUCUUUUUUUUUUUUUUUUAACUUCUGUCAUC